CGAGUUUAUUAGAUCAUAUUUCUCAAGAAAUUCCUUUGCGAUUUUACAGAUCAUUUCAAUACAUGUUUGAUAUGAUGGACAAGAAAUCAGAUCAAGGGAACUUCACACUACGAGCUUCUUAUCUUGAAGUCUACAAUGAAAGGGUCAAAGAUCUAUUAAACCCUUCUAGUACCCAUGAUUCUCUUCCAGUACGAUGGUCACGUGAUAGAGGCUUUUACGUCGAGAAUUUGUUUUAUGUUGAGUGUGAUACACUGGAUGACCUUACUGCUGUGCUAGAAGAAGGUUUGAAAUAUCGGCAAGUUGGCUCACAUGGUAUGAACGACCAUUCUAGUAGAAGCCACAGUCUUUUGACUGUAUAUGUGGACAUAGAAACGGUUGACCCUAGUGACGAAGCGGGAAUUCCCAUCUUAAGGCAUGGCAAAAUAAGUUUCGUAGAUCUAGCAG